UCAGUUUCAGUUUGUGUGAUGGGGCCCCGGUUUGGAUUACGAAGGUGUUGGACCAAAAUGCUUUCACAGAUGCGUCCUGGAAACUGGAUUAGCUAAUAACCUUUAGACAAUAGUGUCAAAAGGCCAUCAUCAAAUGAAAAAAAUCUCCUUAUCAUCAAUUCAAUAUAGUUUGCUGUACUGCAGUAAUUAAUAUAGCGAUACAUCAGCGAAAAUGUCAUCAAAACAUUGUAUAAUAUGUUAGGCCGACCAACGGCCUCUUAUGGAUAUAAGUAAGAAAUUCCCUGACCGGAAGGACUACUUUUAGACGUUAUAAUUGAGAAAUACAGUAUCAGUAGUAAUGGAGGGAGAAACCACCCAGCACCAAGACCAGAUGGAACUUACAAAGCCUAUUUACAAAAAUGGAAAAUUUGAAAAUCCCUGGAAAUCCUGGCAUAAACCUUCUCUAUGGAAUUUAUUAAAGUUCAAGAUCAGGGAUAUUGAUCGAAGUAACAUACCAAGCCAAGAGGAAUUGGAUGUGACCCUCCCUCUAAUGAAGCUUGACCAAGAAAAAAUUACAAACCCUGACCCAUCCUGUGUCCAGCUGGUAUGGAUUGGUCAUGCCACUGUGUUGGUUCAAUUGGAUGGUCUGACUGUCCUUGCUGACCCCAUUUUCAGUGACCGCUGUUCAUUCUCACAGCGAAUGGGUCCCAAGAGGUACAGGGCGCCACCAUGUACGAUACAGGAGUUGCCUCCCCUUGACAUUGUUGUUAUAAGUCACAACCACUAUGACCAUCUAGACGUAGGAUCUGUAAAACAGCUGGUUAACAAAUAUGGCCCUAGUCUACACUGGUUUGUGCCAAUGGGACUGAAGACAUGGAUGAAAAGUAUGGGGUGUGGUCGUGUGACUGAAUUAUCCUGGUGGGAAGAGGAGAAAAUUGUGGGAAAACAGGGGGAGACAACUGUAGCCUUUACACCAACCCAACACUGGUCCAGAAGAUCUUGGAAUGAUGAAAAUAAAUCUCUGUGGGGAAGCUGGGUUGUUAAAGGACCUAAUCACAGCUUCUUCUUUACUGGAGACACAGGCUACUGUGAAGGGUUUAAACAGAUUGGACAGAGAUAUGGCCCCUUUACAAUCGCUGCCAUUCCCAUAGGUUCAUAUGAACCGAGGUGGUUUAUGUACCCUCAGCAUGUUAAUCCAGAGGAAGCUGUCCAGAUCCACAUUGACAUAAAAUCCACAAACUCUGUUGGAAUCCACUGGGGAACCUUCAAACAACUAGGCUGUUUUGAGCAUUACUUGGAACCUAGAGAAAAAGUUGCUGCAGAGCUUGACCGGCAGGGAUUGAUAACAGGGUCAUUCUUUACCCUCAAGCACGGCGAGAUCAAGUGUAUUAUGGACUGAGAGUAAUGAGUGUUGGUGUAUUAAGCAUAGACUGUAAUCAUCAAAUGCCAAGCACAUAUCAGAUACCUAAAAGGAUAUUAGGAUAUAUAGCAUCUUUUGGAGCAUUUACCUACAGAAAUUGUAUUCUUAGAUUUAAAUCGAAUGAUGAAUAAAUAAAUAGUUGAUUAAGUCUGACAAUACCA